AAUUUUCUCAUAUCAUGUUUAUUAUGUUUAGUAAGAAACAUACUCAGAAAAAAGAAAUUCACUUGUGCAGAUCAAAUAAUUAUGCAUGAGAACAGUCUAUCUAAACGCGCAGGAAGUAUAUGCUCAAAUUCUGAGAAUUUAAACAAUAACAGCAACAACAACAAUAAUGCUCCUCGCAGACUGCCACGUCGUACUUCAGUGACACCGAUUGCGCAAAAAUCUUCAAGAGCUGCUUCACUAAGUGGAAAAGCCUUGUAUACCGGUAGUGGUGUUGGGAGUAACAGCAGCAACAAUGCCACUCAUCCUACUAGUCAAUCUUCCAAUGAAUCCUCGCAUAUCUUUUCACCAUCUGAUAAACUACGUCGUAUGUCUAUGCUAUUCAGUAUUGAUCGUGUUAAAACACGUGAAGUGAUUAUGGCCGCAUUGGAAGAUCCAACAAGAACAGAAUUUAAACGACUUAAGCUAGAGAAUGAAUAUCUGACAAGUGAAUGGAAACAAAUUCGUAAAAUAUUAGAACAAUUGCAAACAGAUUAUGAAACAAGUCGCCCGUUGGAUCCAUUAAGACGGUAUAAAAGUCUACAAGGGAUGAUAAAACGUAUUGUUAUGCAUAUACGUAUUAAUGAACCUGGAUCAGUUAGUAAAAUGUCCGGUUAUUCAAGUAGUAGUUCAAAUAGUGAGCUACCACUACAAGGUGAUGUAUUGCAGAGUGAAGCGAAAACGAAAGAAAUGGAAAAGCGUAUUGGACAAAUCUGUGAAAAUUAUACCGUUGAAGAGUUGACUAUACAAAAUCGACGUCUACGUGAAUCCAAUGAACGUUUAGAGAAUCGAUUACAGUUGAUUGUACAAACAGUGAAUGAACUGGACUUGCUUUAUCAUUCCAGUAAAAGUGAAGGCUUUCUCAAAAGGUAUACAUCAUUAAAAGAUGCUGUAAAACGUAUUACAACAGACGAAGAAUUAUAUGAAAAUCCUUGAAGACUUC